AUGUACAUAUUAGAUGCAAUGAAUCUUGCAAUUUCAGCAUGGACUAUGGAUGUUCGUGCAAAUACAAUUGCGAACUGCUUUCGUUAUUGUAAACUUCAAUCAACAGAUAACAUGACUUUUGAGAACUCAGAUGAAGGUGGUGAAAGCACUCAAGAACUCCAGAAUUUGAUCAAAGAGUUGGGUUAUCGCAAUGCAAUGGAUGUCGAAGAUGUUCUGACUCACCCAGAAGAAAAUGUAGUUGCACAAUUGUUGACUGAUGAAGAAAUUAUUGAAAGCGUUAUUGGAAUUAAUAAAGAUGAUAUCGAUGAAGAAGAUGAUGAAAGUUCUACAAUGGAGCCCCCUUCGCGAAACGAAGCUAUUAAAGCGGCAAUCACAUUGAACAAUUUCUUGUUGAGCUAUGAGAAAACAACACCAGAAGAGAAGAGGGAGGUCGUCGGACGGCGAGGAGAAGAGGGAGGUCGCCGGACAACUGGUCGGAGGAGGAGGAGGAGCGGCGGCGAGGAGAAGAAGGCUGAUAUUUUAAGCGUAUAUGAUGGAGGAGUAUAUUUGAGUUUUUGUGAAGAUGUUUGA